CCUGCCCUGACGCAAAGCCACAUUUACCAAUUUUGAACCAGUCACAGUUUUUUUGUGGCUGCUGUCGUUUGCUUGUGGACACGCCGAAGGCACAGAAUGCACGUGCUAUUUACAACUUUCCUGUUCGUCACCUUGGCAAGCAGCGCUCUUGCUGGUCCGUUGGACCUAUGCGACCAUGUUGGAAGCCGCAGAGAAGAAAUCAUAAAACUUUUCAAUUGCAUCCUGUCGAAAGCAACGCCAGAGCUGGUGGAUCAGCUCGAGGAGCUCAAGCCAAAGUUGUACUGCACCAACUACUACGUAGUCGUGAAGAAAAUCUGUCACACUAAACGAUUCGCGGUAUUUAUGCGGGAGUACCUAAGUACGCCGGAGCUUUACGCCGAACUUGAAAAACUAGGCCAAGAGUGCCAGAAGACGGACACGACUACGCGCGUUCAGCCCGCGCAGGAGGAGCCAGCCCCGGGACUGCUGAAGCGCAUUGGCCAUUACAUUCUGUGGUUGGCUGACAAGGCUUGUGAUAUCAAGGACGCAGUCAUCAGACGCGUUGCACCUUAUAAAGCGUCGUCCGCGUGAACAAUAAAAGCGGCCUUAUAGGUCCACAGGGUUCCAAAGAUAGCCAACGCGAGGUAUUUCCUUCUUGUCAGCCUUCACCUAUCCAGCAUUUCGUCGUUCAGCUCGUUGCCAGUGUAUACCGCGCUUUCUUUACAUUUAGAUUUUAGGAAUAAUAAAUUCUGCUUUGCUCUUAGUGUGAAGUCAGUGCACUAAUGUAGUUGUUAACGCCAUACAAAUAUAAUUAAAAAAACGAAGCAUUAAAAUCGCGUGAAAUAUAAAGGAUAUAUUGUAACUAUGAAUAUAUUAGGUAAAUAAAAGUGCAAAACAUUUUAUAGAAUCACAAGAACGUACGUGUAAAGAAAGACAGCUGGUGUCUGUGCUGGUGGCAUACCAUGGAAACAUGGCUGAAAAGCUUGAGUAGGUGAAUUACCAAAAACUUGCAUAUAUCUUGACUUUUUAUUAUUGCAGACUUCCCUAUUCAGUAAAGUCCAGUGAACCUUUCCCAUUGCUAUAGUUACAAAACAACGUCAAAUGCUCAUUUAAAGCGAUUGUGCACAUGCAAAUAAUUUUUGUGAGGUGCAUAGUAAACCACUUGCCCCGCGUAUGGUAGCAAACAAGACGUGGUUGAUCUCCCUACCUCUCCUUCCUUCUGUUCCUCCUUCUUCCUCCUCCUUCUGAUUUCUCAGAAAUUCGAUGUACGUACACAAACACGUGAA